GGCCGAGAACUGAGGAGGGGGCACUCCACAGGCCAGAGGAAACCAGAGGGAUAGAGGCGGAGCCAGCAGGAGAGCCGGGCCAAGGCACAGAUAACGUUCUGCCAUUUGCCCAGUGACUUGAAGGAAAAAAGAAAAGUGGGUUGUAACCGAAAUAUCUUAAGACUCACAAGUGAGGGGUUGGUCUGUAGGUGGGAGGAGGGAGUGACAAGCCAAGGAGGAGACAGAGACUCAGGAGGGCUCAGGAAGUGUCUUAGCUGAGGCUGGGACAAGGCAGGAGAGGGUGGAGGGAAGUCUGCAGGCGCAGGCAACCUCCUCCUGCUGCUGGGAAGGGCUCUGGACACCUUCGGCCCUUUUGCACCCGCCUUCCAAGGCUCAAGCCAGAAGCUCUGGGCGCUUGCCGAGUUGGUGACACAGCCACUGAGCUGGUUGUCCCGGGGAUCCCCUGCCCGUCUUCUCUCUGCCCCCCAGCAUGGAGGAAGGUGGCGAUUUCGACAAUGAUUAUGGGGCAGACAACCAGUCUGAGUGUGAGUACACGGACUGGAAGUCCUCGGGGGCCCUCAUCCCGGCCAUCUACAUGCUGGUCUUCCUCCUGGGCACCACGGGCAACGGCCUGGUGCUCUGGACCGUGUUUCGGACCAGCCGGGAGAAGAGGCGGUCCGCUGACAUCUUCAUCUCCAGCCUGGCGGUGGCUGACCUGACUUUCGUGGUGACCCUGCCGCUGUGGGCCACUUACACGUACCGGGACUACGACUGGCCCUUCGGUUCCUUCGCCUGCAAGCUCAGCAGCUAUGUCAUCUUUGUCAACAUGUAUGCCAGCGUCUUCUGCCUCACCGGCCUCAGCUUCGACCGCUACCUGGCCAUCGUGAGGCCAGUGGCUAACGCUCGGCUGAGGCUGCGGGUCAGCGGGGCUGUGGCCACGGCGGUCCUGUGGGUGCUGGCCGCCCUCCUGGCCGUGCCAGUCAUGGUGUUCCGUGCCACCGCGGUGGUGCCCAACCUGGAGAACAUCACCAAGGUGCAGUGCUACAUGGACUACUCCAUGGUGGCCACCGCCAGCUCGGAGUGGGCCUGGGAGGUGGGCCUAGGGGUCUCGUCCACGGCCCUGGGCUUCGUGGUGCCCUUCACCAUCAUGCUGACCUGUUACUUCUUCAUCGCGCAAACCAUCGCCGGCCACUUCCGGAAGGAGCGCAUCGAGGGCCUGCGCAAGCGGCGCCGGCUGCUGAGCAUCAUCGUGGUGCUGGUGGUGACCUUCGCCCUGUGCUGGAUGCCCUACCACCUGGUGAAGACGCUCUACAUGCUGGGCAGCCUGCUGCACUGGCCCUGCGGCUUCGACCUCUUCCUCAUGAACGUCUUCCCCUACUGCACCUGCAUCAGCUACAUCAACAGCUGCCUCAAUCCCUUCCUCUACGCCUUCUUCGACCCGCGCUUCCGCCAGGCAUGCACCUCCGUGCUCUGCUGGGGUCAGAGCAGGUGCGGGGGCGCCUCCCACAGCAGCAGCGCGGAGAAGUCCGCCAGCUACUCCUCAGGGCACAGCCAGGGGCCCGGCCCCAACUCCGGGAAGGGCGGAGAGCAGACGCAGGAGAAAUCCAUCCCCUACAGCCAAGAGACCCUUGUGGUUGACUAGGGCUGGCAUCCGAGGGUGGCCUGGCGCCCGGUGUCCUGUGCCCUGCCCCGGCCCUCGCCCUCGCUCUCUCUCUGUGAAAGUCAGGUCGCGUGAGGGCACCUUGUCUCUUGCACUUGACUUCUUUCCCCGUCCCCUGCCUCCCGCCUCCCUCUUGUCCUCGUUUCUCCUUUAGUUUUGGUCAGAGGUUUUGUGGAAGGAGUUUGAGCCCUGCGGACCCGUGCUCAGCCGCUCAAUAUCGGUGGGGUCGACUUUGCACAAGUCUCUUAACGUCUCAGUUUCUCCAUUUGUGUAACAUGGGGGAAGCCGCAUCUACCACAAAAUGAUGUGCGUGUCUGGCUCAAUAAAAAUUCGCUUCCCCCCACCCCCGUUUUCUUGGAUCUCCAGCUCUUUUUUCUCCUUUCUUUUUACUUUUCUCUUCCCUCUUCCUCCCUCUGUUUUCCCCUCUGUCUCUGCAAUUUUUACUCUGAAUCCUUACCUCUGGUUCCCACCCUCUCUUCCAUAGCUUGUCCCCCGCCCUCAAUCCCUUCUUCCUCCGCUUUUUACGUCCUUGUUCUGAAGGGCUCCUAAGGGUUAAGAAUCCUGACGCUUGUAAACACUGUUCCAGUUCAAGCUCUUUAUCCUGUUCCCUGGGAAAGCCAAAGGAAUGGGCUGGGGCGGGGGUGGGCUGGGUGUCAGCAAAGAGCUAGCGCUGCAGUCUGCAGACGGAGCUCCAGAACUUUCCCCCAAACUGGAUGGAUGCUCUGGGAUGUCUGGCACUGGGGGGUAGAGCGAUUCCAGAAGGGGCCUCCCUUCCCGCAGCCCCUCCGCAAUGCCAACGAGAUGUGCUUUCUGCAGAUGUCCUCAGACCCUUUCAUUCAUCCUCUAUUCUCUGUGGUAACUGGGAGGCAGUGGGGCUGACGAGGCAACGGGCUCCUUGGUUUCAUUAUGUGAAUCUCCGGGGAGUUGGGAGAAAGAGGGGCAUCUGCAUUUAUUUUACGUGCUGCUUGGCGCGCCCCGCCCGCCCCCAAAGCUGAGCUGUA